AUGGUUAUAGGGGUUCCUUUGGUGAGGUUGAAAUUCUUGCAGUCAGAAGACAUCAAAAUCAAGUUUCACUUCAUCGCUUAUUUUCUCCUGCAUCAGAAACAAGAGGUGCUGCCAUUUGUAAAGAUGGAAGAGAUGUUGGAUAUUAUGUUUCAUCACGGGGGUGAUUUCAAAGAAGAUCAAAAAGGAACAAUGGUAUAUUAUCCGGAUAAUAAGGCUUGUUUAGGUGACCUAGAUGUGGAUACGUUAGACGUCUUCUAUCUAAGGAACUACCAUAAAAAGCUUGGUUAUGAUGAGAUAAAGCAAUGCUGGUGGCAAGAUCCUGGAAAAGGUUUAGAGAACGGACUAAGAAGCUUGAAUAAUGACAAGAAAAUAAGAGAGAUGGUGAAGUGUGCUAAGAUGAAUAACAGAGUUAUUGAUGUAUAUUUCGAGCAUGGAGCAUCACUGCCAAAGGUGUCUUCUGACUCUUAUGAGAGCGCAGAAGAUAGCCUUUCUAAGUCAACUCUUGACCAAGACAGCUCUUCUAAUUCAGAUACUGGAGUGAAGAAUGUCAAAAAUGGGAGUCAGAAUAGAGUGAACAAGAACCAGAAUGAGAAGAUAUUGAGAAAUGUUGGUCCUCUAGCUAAAGGAAAGGAGAAGAUUCUGGUGGAGGAUAAUGCAUUUGUGCAAGAAGUUAGUGAUGAAGAAGUUGAUCUUGGUUUUAUUGGUAGUUUUGCUGAAGGUGUAGAGUAUGGUCUAGAUCCUGAAGCUGACUCGAAUGAUGCCAAUUCAUGGCACUCAGGGGAGAUGAAGACUCCUCCAAAUUCAGAAGAUGAACUAGAAGAAGACAACGAUUCUGAUGACGCAUGUCCAGUGUUUAGGGAGGGUGCAAGAUUUGGUGAAUUGCAUCUUGAGGUGGGUAUGAAAUUUGGCACAAAGUGGGACUUUAGAGAAGCUGUUUGGGAGUAUACAAUUCAAGAGGGUAGGCGCAUACGCCUUGCGAAGAACGAUAAUAUAAGGUGCAGGGCAGUUUGUAAGGUUAAGGAGUGCCCUUGGGUGGUUUAUGCAUCAAGGGACCAUGAGGACACUUGUUGGCAGAUCAAAACCUUUAAUGACGACCACACAUGUCCCAGGGAAGACAAAAAUAGGGCUGCUAAUAGGAAUUGGGUCUGCAGCAAGCUUGUGAAGAAGGUCAGAAAAUAUCCCAACUUCAGACAUUGUGAAGCUACAACCUAUUUCAGAACACGUUUUGAUUUGACACUAAACAAAAAUUCAAUCUCGAGGGCUUUGAUGGAUGCUAGAAGUGUAGUGUAUGGUGAUGAAAAGGAGCAAUAUAAGAUGGUGAGGGACUAUGGCUUGACUUUGCUAAAAACCAAUCCCGGUUCAACAGUGCAAAUAUGUACCAAACCUCAACCAAAUGGAGAAGUUAUUUUUGAGAGAAUGUAUGUGUGCUUAAGUGGUUGUAAAAAUGGGUUCAAAGCUGGCUGCCGUCCUUUGAUUGGAUUAGAUGGAGCAUUCAUGAAGACUCAAUUUGGUCGACAAAUUCUGUCAGUUGUUGGACAGGAUGCAAACCAUCAUAUCUACGUCAUUGCGUGGGCAAUUGUAGAAAUAGAGAAUAGGAAAAACUGGAAGUGGUUUCUUGAAUUACUGCAUCUAGACUUGGGACAUUACAAAGAAAAUGGCUGGUGCUUUAUAUCCGAUAUGCAAAAGAAAGGUUAUUUUAGUUUGCAAGUUAUCAUGGGCUAUCGAAUUAAACGUCAGGGACUAUUAUGUGUACUCGUGUUAAAUGUGAAGGACUAUUAUGGGGAAGGGACUAAUAUCAGCAGUGCAAGAGGUGAUGCCCAAUGUGCACCAUCGUUUUUGCGUGUGACAUUUGUGGAGAAAUUUUAA